UUGUGAUAUUUGUAAAUAGUGGGUACUUGUAUCAUGUUCAUUUUUAUUGUACAACCGGUCAGCCAGUCUACGAAUAUACGUCCUACCGUUAAGUCGUGAUUUCAUUGUUUGCCCCAAUACUCUUCAGUGGCGACGAGCAGUAUCGAAUUACGCGUAAAAUAGUUUUAGUUGCAAAAUGUCGAUCGGAAAGAUUGCGGAAUUUAAAGUACAAAGUGACGAUUGGAAAUUGUACGUGGAACGUUUAGAACAAUAUUUCCUGGUGAACAAAAUACCGGUUGAGUUACAAGUGCCUACGCUAAUUACAGUUAUGGGGGCAGAAUCUUACGAACUUUUGGUCAAUUUGUGUACGCCAGAGAAACCAAAAAACAAAACAUUUACGCAGAUCACGGACAUUAUGGAAAAACACUUGCAACCCAAACCUAGUGAGUUAGCCGAGCGUUACAAAUUUAGAAAUAGAAAACAAAAGGAGGGUGAAACUAUUUCCGAAUAUACCGCAGUUUUGAAGAAAAUGACCAAGACCUGUGAAUUUGGAAGCUGGCUAGAAGAAAGUUUGAGAGACCAGUUAGUUUGUGGCAUAACUAAUGAAACGAUACGACAACGAUUAUUCGCCGAAAGUAAGCUGGAUUUCGGCAAGGCGUAUAAGUUAGCAAUUAGUAUGGAGGCGGCAGAAAAAGACGCGGCAGAAGUGGUCAGACAGGGAGGGUCGGCGAGCGAGACAGCGGCAGCGGCGACGUCGGUGACGUGCCAGGCGAUGUCAGCUGCGAAAUCAUCACGGUGGCGGAGCGGGCCAGCGCCGGCGGCUCGCGGAGCGCGGGACGGCAGCGGAGUGGCGCGGGAGGCCACUGCGCAGCCCGCGUGGAGGCGAGGCCCGCGCGCACCGCCAGCGCCCGCGCCCGCGCAGCUGGGUGAGCGUGCGCAGCGGCAGUGUCGAGUGUGCGGCGCGGGUCACGACGCGGCCACGUGCAAGUUUUCGCGUUACGUUUGCCGAGUAUGUAACCGAGUGGGACAUCUGCGACGCGUGUGCCCGAAUUUAGCGAGACACUUCAAUGUCGACAUCGAUCAAACAAAGGAAGAAAACUCAAACGAAAGUAUGGGAAGUGACGAGGUAAUUUUUAUCGAUGUGUGUAAAUUAACCGCUAUAGAAUGUAAACCAGUGUAUUUAGAAUUAAACGUAAAUGGCAAAAAUAUUAAAAUGGAGUGCGACACGGGCAGUGCUAUCUCAUGUAUAAGUCGGGAAUGUUACAUGAGAUUAUUUAAAAAUCUAUGUCUAAAGCCAUGUCAGUUAACUCUUAGAUAUUAUACGGGGGAAUUAGUCAAACCCUUAGGAGUCAUAUUACCAACUGUUAAGUACAAAGAUCUGAGCAAGACAUUAGAAUUAUUUGUUGUGGAGAAUGGGAAGACUGUUCUUUUAGGACGGCAAUGGAUGGCCGAAUUAAAAAUACAGUUACCUAUUGUAAAUUACGAAUGUAACAAUGUGGCUAUGUACAAAAAUGACGUUUUUGACUUUCAUACUUUCAGUACCAAAUACUCUGAGGUGUUUGCGGACGGUCUGGGGCGAUUCACCGGUGGCAAAGUGAGCGUGCACGUGCGCGAGGGCGCGCGGCCGGUGUUCAUGCGAGCGCGGCCGCUGGCGUACGCGCUGCGCGAGCCGGUGGAGCGCGCGCUGGCCCAGCUGCAGCGCGACGGCAUUCUCUCACCGGUGGAGCGCUCGGACUGGGCGACCCCGAUCGUACCGAUCGUAAAGAAGGACGGUAACAUUAGGAUUUGUGCUGAUUAUAAAUUAACGCUCAAUAAAGUUAUAGAAGUUGACCGCUAUCCGUUGCCUAGGGUGGAGGAACUGCUGCUUCGACUGAGGGGUGGUAAACACUUCAGUAAAAUUGACUUAUCUCAGGCCUACGCUCAAUUUGAGCUAGAUGACACUAAGAAAUAUACAGUGAUAAAUACCCACAAAGGUUUAUUUAUGUAUAACAGGCUAGUAUAUGGUCUUUCGUCAAGUCCGGGUAUUUUCCAAAGACGGUUAGAACAAUUAUUUGCGGAUAUACCACAAGUAGGUGUUUUCUUGGAUGAUAUUAUUAUCACAGGGUCAAAUAAGGAGUCUCACAUGCGAAACUUAUGUAAGGUAUUUGAUCGUUUAAAAAAAUAUGGCCUGAGGGUAAAAAAAGAAAAGUGUGUAUUCUUUGCGGAGUCAGUUAAUUAUUUAGGACACACUAUAAGUGAAGACGGCGUUCACACGUGUCCAGACAAAGUUAAGGCAAUAAUUAAAACGCCCGCCCCCACGAACGUCACUGAGUUGAGAGCCUUCAUCGGUAUGGUCAUGUACUACGGCAAGUUCGUAAAGAAUGUUAGCACAGUUUUAGCACCUCUUUAUAACCUGCUCAGAGCGGGUGUUCAGUACAGUUGGAGUAAAGAGUGUCAGGAUGCGUUCAGCAAAGUCAAAUAUUUACUAACCAGUAGUGAAGUUUUAAUGCAUUAUACACCGGAGUUGCCUAUAAUAUUGACGACGGAUGCGAGUAGCGUAGGUAUCGGUGCGGUGAUAUCUCACGCGACGUCGAACGGCGAGCGACCAGUGGCGUACGCGUCGCGCUCGCUGACGCAGGCCGAGCGCGCCUACUCGCAGAUAGACAGGGAGGCACUCGCUAUUGUUUUCGGGAUUCGUAAAUUUCACCAGUACCUUUAUGGGCGCAAGUUUAUAUUGAGAACUGAUCAUAAGCCAUUGACUUACAUUUUUGGAGAUAAGGCAGGGAUUCCUGUAAUGGCCGCGUCCAGAUUACAACGUUGGGCGGUGCUAUUAGCGGGUUACAACUACGAUAUUGAGUAUGUUGCGUCAAGUAAAAACUGUGCAGAUGCGUUGUCACGGCUGCCAUGUACCGAAGUAAAUUAUUUAGGUGCACAGAACGAGAACACUUACGUUAAUUUCGUAGAAGAUUUUUUACCGAUUACGAGUAAAGAUGUUAAGGAAGCAACAGCAAGUGAUAAGAUCCUUUGUAGAAUUUUAACGUAUACGCAAUCCGGGUGGCCUCUAACUUGUUCAGAUGAAUUGAUUCAACCCUAUUUUAGAAGGCGUAAUGAAUUAUACACGGAAUGUGGGUGUUUAAUGUGGGGGUACCGUAUGGUGAUACCAUUUUCUCUACAAAAUAAAGUUUUAAAACAACUUCAUAGUAGUCACAUGGGGAUAGUGAAGACAAAAAGUCUAGCUCGUAGUUAUGUGUGGUGGCCUAACAUAGACUCGGCAGUCGAAGCGAUGUGCAAGCAUUGCGAGACUUGCGCGGUAGAGGCGGACGCGCCCCGGCGGGCUCCGAUACAACCGUGGCCAUAUCACACGCGCCCCUGGAGCAGGCUUCACAUUGACUUCCUAGGUCCGUACAAAGGCUUAACCUUUUUAGUUUUAAUUGAUUCAACUUCCAAGUGGGUAGAAGUUUUUGAGAUGAACCGUACUAAUGCUUCAAAUGUUAUAAAAGUGUUAAGAUCAACAUUCGCGAGAUUCGGUCUACCGGAGGAAUUAGUUUCUGAUCAAGGUCCACCAUUUACCAGUACCGAAUUUAAAAAAUUCCUUAAAAACAACGGAAUAAAACAGAAUUUUUCACCGGUUUACCACCCAUCCUCAAACGGAGCAGCAGAGAACGCAGUGAAAUUGUGUAAACGAGCUAUCAAAAAAGCCUAUAGGGAUAAGGUAGAUAUAGAUACGGCAUUACAAACCUUCCUACUAGCAUACCGCAAUACGGUACACAGUACAACCGGGGAAACACCAGCCAUGCUCUUGCAAAGACGGACGUUACGGUCAAGACUCGAUUUAUUGCGUACUGACCGUGUCGUCGAAGACAGAGUACGGGCAGCCCAGAGACGUCAGGUAGAAUACGCUGGUGGGACGUCACGUAACUUUAGAGAGGGGGACUCAGUUUGGGCUCGGGAGUAUGGCUCUGGGGAUAAAUGGAUGAAGGGCACCGUACAAGGGGUGGACAGUUGCCGUAGGUACUCAAUAGCGGCGGAUAACGGUCAAUUACACAAAAGACACAUAGAUCAAAUGCGCCGUAGGUCCAGAUUUUCUGAUGUUACCUGUCCAGAAGAGCAUGAUGAGCGCCAGCAGGGUGAAGAGAAUGUGGUCGAGCUGUUAAGCAAGGGUUCAGGAAAAGUUGUGCCAGAAACCCUAAUAGUAAACACUAAUAAAGAGGCCGAAAAUGUUAACCAGGGCGAUCAAGCCGACGUUCCUUCUGAACAUCCCUCACCUAACGUACUAUCGCCAUCUGUGCCACCGGUGAGUCGUUAUUCUAGGCGGACGCGGAAACCAGUAGAGAGAUUUAGAAUAGAAUAAGUUAGUUUAUAAGAAUACCUAGUUUAAGUUAAGUUAGUUAGGUUAGUUUAAGUUAAGUUAAGUUAGUUAGGUUAGUUUAAGUUAAGUUAAGUUAGUUAGGUUAGUUUAAGUUAAGUUAAGUUAGUUAGGUUAGUUUAAGUUAAGUUAAGUUAGUUAGGUUAGUUUAAGUUAAGUUAGUUUUUAAGUUAAGUAAGUUAAGUAGUUUAUAAGUCUAGAUCUGUUACCCUAAUUCUAGUAUAGUGGUGGAGGUGUGAUAUUUGUAAAUAGUGGGUACUUGUAUCAUGUUCAUUUUUAUUGUACAACCGGUCAGCCAGUCUACGAAUAUACGUCCUACCGUUAA